AUGUGCCGCUCAGGCCGGCUGCUGUUGUGGCUCGGAGCCGCGGGCGCCAUUCUCUGCUCCAGCUCGAGGUCCCAGGCGCCUUUUCUACCAUCCUCGCCCUUGCCGCUGCCAAGUCCCAGUCCCCGGGACCUGAAAGACUCCGCCCCGCCUAGCGGCUUGGAGCCAGCCUCUCCCCUAAAUCCCGCAGGCACCGGGGGGCCUUGGGUGUUCUCCACCUGCGGAGCCAGCGGCCGGCGCGGGCCCACACAGACACAGUGUGACGGGACGUACGCGGGGAGCAGCGUGGUGGUGACAGUGGGAACCGUCGGGCCGCUGAGAGGCGUGCAGCUGUGGCGGGCGCCAGGCCCCGGCCAGUAUCUGAUCUCUGCCUACGGAGCCGCGGGAGGCAAAGGCGCUAAGAACCACCUGUCGCGGGCGCACGGAAUCUUCGUCUCGGCUGUCUUCUCCCUUGGUCAUGGGGAGCCGCUUUACAUCCUCGUGGGGCAGCAGGGCGAGGACGCUUGUCCUGGAGGAAGCCAGGAGAGCCAGCUCGUCUGCCUCGGAGAGUCUCGGGCCCACGCGGCGACAAAUGGGACGGAAAAGAUCCCGGAGUCGCGGCGCUGGGCCGGAGGUGGCGGGGGCGGCGGGGGCGCCACCUACGUCUUCAGGCUGCGCGCCGGCGAGCUGGAGCCGCUGCUGGUGGCGGCCGGAGGCGGCGGUCGGGCCUACCUGAGGCGGCAGGAUCGAGGCCGGACUCAGACCGCCCCCGAGAAACUGGAGAACCGCUCGGCAGCGCCGGGGAGCGGCGGGAGAAGCGGGGAGGCCUGGGCUGCGCUUGGCUGGGCCGCGGCCGGCGGCUUCGGGGGCGGCGGCGGGGCCUGCACUGCGGGCGGAGGCGGCGGCGGCUACCGGGGGGGUGAUGCCUCAGAGACUGACAUCCUCUGGGCUGAUGGGGAAGAUGGGGUAUCCUUCAUACACCCCAGCAGUGAGCUCUACCUGCAGCCUCUGGCAGUCACAGAGAACCACGGAGAAGUGGACAUCCGAAGGCACCUCAAUUGCAGUCAUUGUCCUUGGAAAGACUGCCAAUGGCAGGCAGAACUCCAUUUGGCUGAAUGCAUAUGCCCGGAGGGCAUGGAGCUAGCUGCGGAUAACAUCACCUGUAUGGACCUGCCCACUCCCCCAGGCCCUCUGGUUCUGAUGGUGGCUGUGGCGGUGACCUCAACACUGAGCCUUCUUAUGGUGUGUGGGGUCCUGAUUCUGGUGAACCAGAAGAAGUGGCAGGGCCUGUGGGGGACAAGGCUGCCAAGCCCUGAGCUCGAGUUGAGCAAGCUUCGAACCUCUGCCAUCAGGACAGCCCCCAAUCCCUAUUACAGCCCAAUGGGGCUUGGCUCAGUCCAGUCCUGGCCUUUGCCCCCUGGGCUCACCGAGGUUUCCCCAACCAAUGUCACUCUGCUCAGAGCCCUGGGCCACGGUGCCUUUGGGGAGGUGUACGAAGGAUUGGUAAUUGGCCUUCCUGGGGACUCCAGCCCCCUGCAGGUGGCUAUCAAGACCCUGCCAGAACUCUGCUCUUGUCAGGAUGAACUGGAUUUCCUCAUGGAGGCUCUCAUUAUCAGCAAGUUCAGCCAUGAAAACAUUGUGCGGUGUGUGGGGCUCAGCCUCCGGGCUGCCCCUCGCCUCAUUCUGCUGGAGCUGAUGUCUGGAGGGGACAUGAAGAGUUUCCUGAGGCACAGCCGGCCACACCUGGGUCAGCCGUCCCCUCUGGUAAUGCAGGACCUGCUGAAGCUGGCCCAGGACAUAGCCAAGGGCUGCCACUACUUGGAGGAAAAUCACUUCAUCCACAGGGACAUUGCCGCCCGAAACUGCCUGCUGAGCUGCACUGGGCCCAGCCGGGUGGCCAAGAUUGGGGACUUCGGGAUGGCAAGAGAUAUCUACCGGGCCAGUUAUUACCGCAAGGGGGGCCGGGCCUUGCUCCCAGUCAAGUGGAUGCCCCCAGAGGCCUUCCUUGAGGGCAUCUUUACAUCCAAGACAGACUCCUGGUCUUUUGGGGUGCUGCUCUGGGAGAUCUUCUCACUGGGCUACAUGCCCUACCCUGGACGUGCCAACCAGGAGGUGCUGGACUUUGUCAUCGCAGGGGGCCGGAUGGACCCUCCAAGGGGUUGUCCAGGGCCUGUGUACCGCAUCAUGACCCAGUGUUGGCAGCACCAGCCUGAGCUCCGCCCCAGCUUUGCCAGCAUCUUGGAGCGCCUUCAAUACUGUACUCAGGAUCCUGAUGUGCUGAAUUCAUCCCUGCCAGUGGAGCUGGGGCCCACCCUGGAGGAGGAAGUGGCUUCUAGGCUGGGGAACAGGUCUUUGGAAGGCCUAAGAUCCUCACAGCCCCAGGAACUGAAUCCAGAGAACUUGAAAAGCUGGGGAGAGAGCCCUCUUGGCUCCUGGUUGUCCUCUGGCCCCAAGCCCCUCCAAUCCAGGGUCCUCCAACCUCAAAACCUCUGGAAUCCCACCUAUGGCUCCUGGGCCCCAAGAGGCCCUGAGGGCGAGGACUCAAGCAUUGAUGGUUGCAAUGGCUCCUCCCUGCCCUCCUUCGCAGGCUUCUAGGUGGCUUGUUACUCCAGUAGCCUGUGUCCCUUGCAGUCUGUGCUGUGUGUCUGGGUCUGUCUCAGAGCUGGCCUGGGAGCACUGGACUUUCCACGCUGGAAACCAGCCUUAGGUCUCCUGGGGAAUAACCUAGCCAUUUCUAUCCUUUGAUCUUUGGGACCAGAGGCCACCCCCCUACCCCAGGUUUCAGUGGGGAGUUCUGGAUUGCCCUUCCCCCAUGAGCAUCCUUAAUUUGUGCAGUCCCCAACCCUUCAGAUGCUCCUAAUAAAAAGUUCUCCUCAAA